UUUAAUCUUAGUUAAUUAUCUGUUACUCAGUAUCUAAUUAACAUCAUUAAAUUUUUAAUUUUCAUCAAUUAAAUUGUAAGUUAUCCAACAAAUUCCCUAUAUAUAUAUUUCAAGUAAAGAAUAAUUAUACAUUUUCUUAGCUUAAUACCAAAUACAGUCAUUUCUGCUAAGUGUCUUUGAAAUUAUUUGAAAGAAAUUGUGUUAUUACUGGAAUUAUUUGAUAGUGACUAUUAGUUAAUAUUGGAUUUAUUUCGUAAAUUGACUAUUUUGAGUUAUAAAUAUGCAAUAUCCUUGUAUAGACUGCGGGAAAGAGGUCCGUCCUCGUCAGCAUGCUGUUGCAUGCGAAUCAUGUGAAAGAUGGCAGCACAGGACUUGUAAAACUGCAAGACCAGAGCCAAUGGAUACCACUGAAAACACUUCCCAGUCCAUGCUGGGGGAGAUAACCUUUCACAUACAGACUUCCUUAAUCUCUGACCAUGAAAACGCUGAUGACAGUGUUACUCCUACAGAAAGUGAUGAGACCGCCAAUGCUUCAAACACAAACCCACUCAAUCAGCCUUUCAACAUAUCCAACAGGCAGAUAACAGACCCGGCAGAAACCCAUGAAACAUCAAUGGCAGAUGAACCACUCUCAACUACUGUCUUGGAAGAAGAACCAGUCUGUUAUGAUUUAUAUGAACAGGGCAGCAAACGUGGAAAACCGUUGUUAGCUGGCAGUGAUGGCUUCAGGUACUAUGUAAAGAAAACCCUGAAGAGCUCCGUGUUGUGGACCUGUAGUGCAAGGAGUGCUAAGGUGAAAUGUUACGCAACAGUGGUCCAGAAAGGAGGCGAGUAUACCAGAGGUUCAAACUCCCACCAGCAUGCUCCAGAACCGUCACUUUCCCAGAAGGUAAAGCUGAACCUCCAGGCCAAAAACGAAGCGCAACGUCAUGUCUACCAGUCAGUACCAGAAAUUGUCAGCAAGGCCCUGAAAGAGCACUUACCACCGAACCAACCAGGGAUGCCAGUACCAGAAAGCGUUGAUCGUUCUGCCAACCGGUACAGAUCGAAGUUCAGGCCUGCAGAGCCCAAGGACCUUGAGUUUGUGGUUGACAACGAUUACCUGCAGUGUCAAGACUUCCUUGUCGCAGACAUCCGAAACGGUAGUGCCCGCCACAUGAUAUUUGCUACAGAGGAACAGCUCACUCUUCUUAGCAACACCCGGAGAUGGUUCAUGGAUGGAACAUUUAAGGUUGUCGGAGAGCCCUUCUCAUCUGGUCAGCUUGAAUCCAUCCAUGGAUUUGUAACAAAGGACGGCAUAGAGAAACAAGUGCCAAUGGCCUUCAUCCUUAUGUCCAGAAAGAGAACGGAAGAUUAUGUGAAGGUGUUGACUGCGAUACAUGAUGCAUUGGAGCAUGUGGUAGUUGAGAACUUUGUAAUGGACUUCGAACAAGCUGCGUGGUUAGCCGUCAGACAGGUUUUUCCAGGUGCUUCCAUCAAGGGGUGCGUCUUUCAUUUUACACAGGCCAUCUGGAGGAAAGUCAUUGGCCUAGGAAUGAAGCCAGCAUACCUACAGAGAGACUCAGUCCAUCAGUAUAUCAGACAGAUAAUGGCCUUACCAUUCCUGCCAUCAGCCCACACAGAGCAAGCGUUUGAGGAGUUAGAGGGACGUGCCAACUCAGAUCAACUUGUGGCCUUGGUAACAUACGUAGAGAAGCAAUGGAUGAACCAUGCUAUCUUAGACAUUCAGUCCUGGUCUGUCUUUGGUCUCACAGUCAGAACCAACAAUGACUGCGAAGGUUGGCACAACAAACUAAACCUGAAGGCUGGGAACCAGGCCCUGACGUUAUAUCGUUUGAUACCAGUACUUCGUAGUGAGGCGGAGAGGGUGCCUUAUGAACUACGCCUGCUCAGAGAUGGUGUUUCCACUCGUAGAGUUCGUCAGCGCUAUGCAAACAUUGAAACCAAGAUUAGGGAGUUGUGGGACAUGUACAAGGCAGACCAGAUAAGCACAAGUAAGCUCUUGCAGGACUGUGCCAAGGUGUAUGGCCCACAGUGUGAAGUCAGUGGAGAGGAGGAGGAGACAGUCUUAGUGACAAGAUUGUGAACUGUAUAAAAGUGUUGAAGAAGUGGGGUUGUAAAACUAAGUGUAAAAGUGAUAGCAUGUAAAAAGUUCUGUGUUUUUUGUCUGUGUUCUGUCUUUGUGAAAUUGUAUUUAUUAUGUAUUGUCUAUGUUUGUUUUAUGUGUAUUUAUGUUAAAUAUGUUAUAUAAUUUAUAAAGAUAAUAGAAUUAUACCUUAAAGUGAAAUGUCAAGUGCACCCUGUAAAAAAUUUAUUGAAAGAUUGUGAACUGUAAAAAAUGUUAAAGAAGUGGCAUUGUAAAACUAAGUGAUACCAUGCAAAACUGUGUUUUUAGUAUAUGUUCUGUCUUUGUGAAAUUGCAUUUACCAUGUAAAUGUCUAUGCUUGUUUUAUGUGUGUGCAUAUAUAUAUUUAAAAUGUUAUAGUGAUUUAGUAAAAAGUAUCAAGUGCUGAGACUCUGUAUGAAUAUUAAACCAAUGUGUUUUAAAUUUUUAUGUUCAGUUUUGUGAAAUUGAAUUAUUUUUUUUGUGAAACUGAAUUAGAUUUUUUUAAGUAUGUGUAUGUAUUCUUAAUAAGACAGUUCUAUGUGAAUAAUGAUGUUAUAAUUAGUUAUUGUAAUAAAAUUAUAAAACAAGA